AUGACAACGUCGCAACCUUCUUCUUUUCCGAAAACGGAUAGUGAUAUGGAUGCUUUUGACGCUAAUCCUUUUGCCGAACCAGAAACACCCUUUUCAUUCAACGACCGCAUCAGCAAAGAUACUGUUACAGAAGAGGAACACGGCUCAGGAACAGUAACGGAUAGUCUUGCGCAAUUGAAUCUUGACCACCAUGAAAGAUCAUCAUCAUCACCACCGCCAUGGCAAAGGGACGAACAAGAGGACACCCAUGCACCUGUUCCGUCUUCAUCGGAUACUCAAUCAGCCUCUUUACGAAUACCAGAAAGUGGAUCACGGCCCUAUUUUGAGGUAUCUAUUGAAGAUCCACAAAAAGUGGGUGAUGCGAUCAAUGCUCAUAUUGUUUAUAAAGUGAGAACAAAGACGAGUUCGCCUGCUUUUCGCAAUCCAGAAUGCGUCGUGGCUAGACGUUAUCGAGACUUUUUAUGGCUUUAUCAUCAAUUAACAGCCGGUAAUCCCGGUGUGAUUGUGCCGCCCGUACCUGAAAAACAUGCAUUAGGACGUUUCCAAGAUGAGUUUGUAGAGUCGAGAAGGUUAGCUUUAGAACGCUGUUUACAAAAGAUUGUGGCUCAUCCUAUGCUUUAUGGGGAUCCUGAUCUGAAAGUAUUUCUCGAAAGUGAGUCGUUUCACGUAGAGAAGCGUCAAAGAAGAGCAGAACCGGAAAAUACGACUCCUUCAAGGUUAAGUUUUAUGCGACCCUUUUCCUCCAAUAAAUAUGUGGAAGUCGAUGAGUGGUUCGAAUCCAAAAAGAAUCAAUUGGACGCUUUAGAAACACAACUCAAAGGAUUGCUCAAGAGCGUGGAGGGAGUCGUGAAGCAAAGAAAAGAACUUGGAUUAGCCACAGCAGAUUUUGGCGAGAGCAUGUUUCCUUUGGCCUCAGCAGAACUGAAUCGCCGUUUGUCGACUCAUUUAGUGGUGUUGGGGGAGAUACAAAAGCAGAUGAAAGAGCUGCAUGAAGAGCAAGCACGGCAUGAUGUCGUGACCUUGGAGAAUACGAUUGAUGAAUACAUACGUAUCAUAGGGUCGAUUAGGAUUGCGUUUCAUGCAAGAAUAAAGGCCUACCAAGCUUAUACACAAGUGGAGAGUGAAUACCAACGAAAACAAGCGUCGUUUGAAAGACUGCAGCUGCAGCAGAAAACGGCGUCGCAAGAGAGACUGCAUACCCUACAGCAAGAACUGAACGAAAUGAAGAACAAAGUAGAAGAGCUCUAUCAAGACUUUCAAGAUAUCUCUAAACUGAUCAAGCAUGAAUUGGAUCGAUUUGAUAAAGAAAAAGUCGAGGAUUUCAGGGACAGUGUGGAGCAAUUUUUAAGAAGCAUGAUUGCACACCAAAAACAGAUCAUUGCGUUAUGGGAAACUUAUUUUGAAAAGACAGAAGGAUUAUCUGAUGAUGAUGAUGACCAGGAGGCGGAUCCAGAAGACAGCGACCCGCAACAGCAUCAGCAACAAGUGGUUGCGUUAGAAAACUUAUCCUAA